AGGGUUUUGUUUGGUUUGCGGUGCUAGGGAUGGAGCCUAAAUCCUCACUUCCAUUCAACACUGGGCCACACACCCCCGCCCUGUGUCAGAGUUUUGGAUCAUCGCUCCAGCAAUGCACCGAGUAGCCCUGGCCUGUGGCAGUGAGUUCUUUGGGGCCAUGCUUCUGAGUGGGAUGAGGGAGUCCCAGGGCACAAAAGUGUCUCUGCGUACCAUCUCUUCGCAAGACCUGAGACUCCUCGUUUCGUUUGCCUACUCUGGAGUUGUACGAGAAAGAUGGCCAGGAUUGCUAAGAGUCGCCCAGGCUGCACUGCAGUACCAAAGCUCCUCCUGCCUGGAUUUGUGUCAGAGAGCCUUGGCUCAAAGCCUCUGCCCUGCUCUUUGCCUGGCUUUGUUUCCUAUGGCCGAAGCUCCUGGUUUGGAGAAAGUCUGGGGAAAAGCCCAUCGUUACCUCCUCUCUCAUCUGCCUGCCGUGUCUUUGUGCCCUACUUUCCCGUCGUUACCGGCCACCUGCCUGGCUGAGCUCUUGGACAGUGAUGAGCUCCACGUACUAGAAGAGUUUGAGGCUUUCCUGGCUGCACGGCGCUGGCUGGCUGCCAACCCUGAGACCCAGGAGUCAGAGGUUAAGGACCUGCUGCGAUGUGUCCGCUUUGGUCGCAUGUCUACCCGAGAGCUGAGAAAGGUGCGUGCAGCUGGGCUCCCUCCACCUCUGUCCCCCGAUCUGCUGAACCAGCUGAUGGUGGAAGCCGAAAUACCAGGUCAAGAGAGGUGGAGGAAGCCUGACCAAGCGCUGGUGGUGAUUGGCGGGGAUGGGCUUAGACCUAACAUGGACCGAAGACAGCCGUCUUGCAAAGUGUGGUGGGCUCGGGCUUUCCGCUGUGGCAUGGGUCUGGUACGCACUGUGGAAUGGUGUCGGCUGCCUGACCUGCCUGCCCCAGGGCGCUUUCGCCAUGGAGCUGCAAGCCUAACAGGAAGUGAACUCUAUGUCUGUGGGGGACAGGAUUUCUACAGCAAUAGCAACACUCUGGCUUCAACUCUCAGGUGGAGCUCCAGUCAAGAAGACUGGGAGGAAAUGGCACCCUUGUGCCAGGCUCGGAGCUUCUUCCCUCUGGUGGUGUUUGAUGGAGAGCUUUAUGCCCUGGGUGGACGGGGCAAUGGUGUUGCCCUUAACUCUGUUGAGACCUAUAACCCUGAACUCAACGUCUGGAGGCCGGCACCUGCUCUUCCAGUACCAUGUUUCGCCCACGCAGCUGCAAUCCUCGAGGGUCGAUUGUAUGUAAGCGGCGGCUAUAGUGGGACCGGCCAGUUCUUGGACUCCUUGAUGAUCUAUGACCCCAAACUUGAGAAGCCUGAGACACGUUUGAGCCCAAUGCGAGUAGCACGGGCUAGUCAUGUGAUGGCUGCUCUGGGUGGGAGGUUGUAUGUGGCGGGUGGACUCGGUGACACUGGGGACCUGCUGAGCUUUGAGGUCUAUGAACCGAAGACGGAUAGCUGGACUCACCUGGCACCCCUGCCCUCCUCGCAUGUCGGGGCUGCAGGUGCUGUUUUACAGGGGGAGCUCCUGGUACUGGGGGGCUACAGUCACCGUACCUACGCCAUCUCCCACCUUGUCCAUGCCUACUGCCCUGGUCUGGACCGCUGGCUCUGCCUGGGAACUCUGCCCAAGCCUCGCGCCGAGAUGCCUGCCUGCAUCCUGACAUUGCCCAGUGUGCAGCACAUAGCUUUGGUCCCUACUCAGCACCAAAACAAACCUGCUGGGUGACUGAGGAUCAGCCGUGUUUGAGGGGGGAAGGGAUAAGAAUACAAUGACAGUGACAAAGGGAAGAAAUUAUGAGAGGGUUGAAAAGUUGUAUUGGUUGCUUGCUUUUAAAAGUCGUUAUCAUUAGAAAGAUUCUUAUUACUGCAGCUCUGGUUGGCUUUGAACUGGAUGUGUAGCCUGGGCUGGCCUCAAACUCAAAGUCCUGCCUCUGUCUCCUGGGUGCUAGGGUUGCAUGUACUACCCCACCUUGAUUGAGGACAGGGUCUCUUGUAUCCUAGGCUGGUUUAUAACUCCCUACAUAGUCAAGGAUGACCUUGAGCUGUUAAUCCUCCUGCCUCUGUCUUGAAAGCACUGGGUUCACAGGCAUAUACACCUGAUUGGUGGCUGAGAUCAAACUCAAGACUUCCUGCAUGCUAAGCAGGUACUCUGCCAACUGAGCUAUGUCCCUAUCCCUGAAAGAAGGCUUUAUUCUU